UCAGGAGCAGGACCUUUGAUACCUGGAGGAUGACUUUGCUGACCACCUUAAAAGAAAAUAUCUGAUUCUGGAUCAAACAUGAAAAGGGCCGACCGCUGAGAACCGAGUUUGAGUAAGUGCAGAUUUUUCAGUGUCACGUGACUGAAGUGGAGGCUGCUGGUUGGACGACCCUGUUGGCGCCACAAUGAGCAGAGAUGGCGAAGUGGUCUGUUCAGGUUGGCUCAGGAAAUCUCCACCAGAGAAAAAGCUACGCCGUUACGCCUGGAAGAGGCGUUGGUUUGUGCUGCGUAGCGGCCGGCUGAGUGGUGAGCCUGACGUUCUGCAGUAUUACAAGAACGCACAUUCCCGUCGGCCCAUCAGAACCAUAAACCUGAGCAUGUGUGAGCAGGUGGACGCCGGCUUGUCGUUCACAAAGAAGGAACUGGAGAAAAGCUUUGUUUUUGAUGUAAGGACGGGGGAGAGGACGUGGUACCUGGUGGCUGAGUCUGAGGAGGACAUGAAUCACUGGGUGGCCUCCAUCUGCCUGCUGUGUGGCUUCAACCCAACAGACGAAGUACAUGAUGGCGUUCCCGUCUCCAGCACUUCCCCUGGCAUUACUAUUGCCACGGUAACGGUCUCUGGUGCCCCCUACGAGCCUGUCGGAGUGCGCCCCCAGGUGAUGGAAGGUGGCAGUGUGGAGGAUUACAUGUGGCUAGCGCAAUGUCGAACCCACAUCAGGCCUCCACAAGGUUCCUCCACCUCUCUAGAUAGCGACAGUGGCGACCACCUCUUUCCUACUCCCUCUAUCGCCUCUUCCUCCUCUUCGCCCUCGCCCUCCCAACUUCCCACCAGCCUCCCUCCGCCUUCCUCCGGCUCUCGGACGGCGCCGUGGACAUCUGUUGCCACAACAGAUGCCCUUAGCCAGUCUCUGAACUCUAGCAUGAGUCCUUACCUCCAGAGAGCAGGCGAGAGACCUCGAUGUCACCCCUCUCCACAUCCAAGGAAGCAUUCACUGGAUUUCCACCUGCGCCCCGUGGCAAUCGCUGCCUCCAGUGGCUACCAGAUACCCCGCCCGGCAGCCGCACAUCAGCCACCCCCCCCUCUGCACCCCUACUCCACCCCUAGUGUGGACUCCUUAAUACAGGCUGAGCUUUUCACCUCCACCCCGACUCCUCCACCGCGCCCGCCUAAGCCCAUUGCCAUGGCAGCCAUCGGUGAGAGUCUGACGAACGGGCAGGGCUCUGAGUCGGGGCUGAGCCCUGGAAGCGUGGAAGUUGCCGGGGGAGUGACCAGGAGUAACUCUGCCACCACACCUAGACGCUGUGAGUCUCUGACGCUGUCUCGCUCGCUCUCAGACAGAGCGAGCCUGUUUGACUUCAGCGAUAGCUUCAACAGCUACUUUUUGAAUAAAGGCAUGGUGCCACUGGGCAGUGUUUGCUCCGAAGACAACGACGCGGAUGAAAAUUACGUUCCCAUGAACGCCGCCACCAUCGAGCCCCCUCACCUGGCGCGACCCUCGGAGAUACCCCACAAUCACCAGGAGGCCAACUACGUUCCCAUGACCCCUCUUGGCCCUCACCUCCCCGCUGCAGCUGACCCGCUGUCAUUGGGGACACAGGUGCCCCCGGCUGCUCACACGGGCUUCCGUAUACCCCCAUUGAUGCCCCUCACUGCCCCUCACCCAAGGGAGGGAGAGCUGGAGACGGUGCCGCCGCCCGUUCAUCGCAAUUUGAAGCCACAGCGCAGAGUCAGACCAGCGCCCCUCAACAUCCCUCCAGUGCAGCAGGACUGGCAAGAAGUCCCGCCCCCUGUACGCUCACCUGUUACUCAGACCUUCACAAGACCCCCGUCCAGUCGUCGUACAGUCAGGCCCACCUCAUCCCACAGUUCAUAUUCCUCCUCCGACUCUGAUGAUCUCGACGACAGCUACGUUGCCAUGACGAACAGCAGUCUCAGCUUCAGCGCAGAAGAGCGUUCUCUGAGGCUCACGCUACAUCGUGCAUCUGAGGGAGGAGUCAGCAGCCCAUUGGUCAGGCGAGCCAGAGGCAGCAAACAUGUGGAGUACCUGGACCUAGACCUCCACGUGGGACGAGUGACACCGACAAGGCAGGUAAGAAGGAACACUUUCCUUUUGCAAACUCGCAACAUAAUGGACACGACACAAACUUGUGUCGCUCAGAAACGCUGCACUGAUGAUAGCGGUGACAAGCUGGCUGGAGGCGUCGAGGAGCAUGCCCGGGGAGAGCGAACUCGUGUGGACUACGUGGUGGUGGACCCCAAGAGGACCAAGGCCCUGAGGAAUACCAGGGAGGCGUGGCACGAUGGGAGAAUGUCCACGGAGAAGUGCAAGGAGCACAGCUGAGAAGCCAAGUAUGGUCGUUUCCGUGUCAACAUCAAUGGAUCAAAACCUUAUUUUGGUAGCCACGCCCAAAUCUCAACACAUCCAAGAGCAUCUCUAAAGUAGAUUUUAGCACAUGGAUUUUACUUUUCUUUCUGUGAAUAAACAACACUGAAAACAUCACUUAAUGAGGUUCCAGAGUGACUUAAGCUGUCCCUUUUUGUUUUGAAUUGAAUCUCUCUCAAAAAUUUUUUUUUUUGCUAAGUAUACUAAGUAUACAUGGUUACUAAGAGCUAAUUUUUAAAGUAUAGUGUUGUUUUAAACCAUUAUGGUCGUCUAUUUACCGAAAAUGACAUUAGUAAUAUUUCUGCCAAACAUGGAAGGACCUCCAUUACUGUGCCUUGUAAUAGCAAACAGAUGUUUGAUUAAAAAAAAUACCUGUAUACAAUUUUAAAACCUGCAGUGCACUGAGACCGUAGUACAGGCUAUUCAACUGGCGUCCCGGGGCCAAAUCCGAACCGGGAAUGACACUGUAUUACCCCCCCAAAUUCAGGUCAAAAUUUGGGAGAGACUACAGAUUUUUUUGCAGCAAAUUGAAUAUAACGAAAACACCUUAGCGCUUAUAGAGGAACUUGGACAAACACAUUGGCAGAGUCUUGCAUUGACAUUUUAACCUCCCAAAGCAUCUACUGCAGUAGACUCAUCUGUAUUUUGCAUAACUGGUCCGUCUUUUCUGAAAUGUGCAAAUCUGACAAGAAAAUAGACCAAAAACUAAUGUCCAGUACGAAUGCCCCUGUGGUCUUCAGCUCUCUGGAAAUGUGGUCCCUUGAACAAUUUAGUUGAAUAGCCCUGCCAUAGAAAGGGAACCAGAAAGUGACAAAUUUAUUUUGCAUUGUUUUGUGUGUGUAAACCUUACCUCCUUUUGCACUAUUUCUUGUCUUUCUUUCCUAUGCUUUGCAUAUUUAUAGACUGUCACACUGAUACUGAAGUUGCCUUUAAUCUCAUUGUACCUGUGUAUAGUGACAAUAAAAGG